CAAAACAAGCCAGCCCGUUACAUUUAACUAUUUUACAUGGCUAACCAAAUACCCUGACAGUAAAAGAUAGGCCACAGAGCAAGCUGUUCAUAUGCUGGUAAUAGCUGUGUUGUACGGGACUAAUGCUAGCUAUAUUUUUUUUCUCCAAAUAGCUUUAACGUCAGCUUAGUUUUAGCUAACGUUAGAUAACGCUAGCUUUCGUGAGAAGCUAGUCACGGUUGGUUAUACAUUUAGCUAGCUUUUUUUAACCUUAUUAACGUUAGCAGCAUUGUCUAACGUAGGUGAAUGUAGCUGUAGGUGUUGUCAAACAGGUGAUAUCAACGUUAGCACUGUAAUUAAAAGCUGUCAACAUUAUAGCUGGGCGUGUCCGACCAAUGUUUCAUUAUUAAGCCGAUGUAGACGCGCAUCUGCUGGAUUACUCAAUCGACUGUUAGCUUUUAGCUGCUAGCAGAAAUCCUCUGGGCUACUUUAACAACCCUGGAAAGUGUAAUGUGGCAACACUGUUAUGUCUUCGACGAGUGAAGCUGCUCUUUCGCUGCAGUUAUGAAUACUGUGGAUUGCGCCUUUUUGAAGAGCUUGUAGCCUGCUCAUUCACCAAGCAAAAUGCCCGGAGUGGUGGUGUUUGGCCGGAGGUGGGGGAUCGCCAGCGAUGACCUGGUUUUCCCCGGUUCCUUCGAACUGUUCGUCCGUGUGCUGUGGUGGAUCGGCACCAUGAUCCUGUACACUUAUCAUAAGGGUCACUUUGAUUGUAACGGGAGAGGUGUUCUUCAAAGCUACCUGGUUGGACUGUUGGUUGUGCUGGCUCUCAUCAUCCUGUCACUAUGUGCUAUAGUCUAUGUCAGUGCUCAAGGUACCAUCACAAACCCCGGCCCCAGGCGCUCCAUCCCUGCCCUGGUGUACCUGCGCGCUCUCCUCUACAUCCCUGAGGUGGUGUGGGCCUGUCUGGGUGCUGUGUGGGUGUCUGAUGACAGCAAAGGUUGCGACCCCGCCACAGUGGGUGCUGUCAUCGCAGCAGUGAUCGCUAGCUGGAUCAUCCUUCUCUUCACCGCUCUGGGCGUGGUGUUCGUCUUCGACCCGCUGGGCAACCCUCGCCCUCAGCACGCCACCAUGGAGCCUCUGGGGGUGCGAGACAUGGAGAGCAGCGAAGGCACCCAGUUCUUCUCCACGGCUCGCUCCCUGGCCGUCAAGGUGUGGGAGAGCAGGCUGCGGCUGCUGUGCUGCUGCCUGCCGCAGGACGAGAGCCACAGAGCGGCGUUCUCCGGCAUCGCUAAGCUAGUCAGCGGAUUCUUCUCGGACACAGACCUGGUUCCCAGUGACAUAGCAGCUGGUUUGGCUCUGCUGCACCAGGAGCAGGAUAAGAUGGAGCAAAGCAGAGACCCAGACACCAUCAUCACCCACAGCCCGUCCUCUCCUAUUGAAGAAGAUUUGGAGGUAGAGUUAGAGAAGGCGGCUCACUGUAUGCAGUUUGCAGCUGCGGCUUAUGGCUGGCCGCUGUACGUCUACUCCAACCCUCUGACUGGGCCCUGCAAACUCAGCGGAGACUGCUGUAGGAGUCACGCCGCAGAGUACGAGAUAGUCGGAGGAGACCACCUGGGCUGCCACUUCUCAUCCAUCCUUCACAGCACCGGUCUGCAGUACAGAGACUUCAUCUACGUUAGCUUCCACAACCAGAUCUAUGAGAUCCCGUUCUUCGUGGCUCUGGAUCAUAAGAGGGAGGCAGUGCUGGUGGCUGUCAGAGGAACACUGUCACUGAAGGAUGUCCUAACAGACCUGUCUGCUGAAUGUGAGAACCUGCCAAUAGAGGGAGUGACUGGAGCCUGCUAUGCUCACAAGGGUAUGUCCCAGGCAGCCGGUUACAUCUAUAAGAAGCUGGUCAACGACGGCAUCCUGAACCAGGCUUUCUCCAUCGCACCGGAGUACAAGCUGGUCAUCACUGGUCACAGUCUGGGUGCAGGCACAGCUUCACUGCUCGCCAUACUCUUGCGCAACUCCUUCCCCACCCUGCAGUGCUACUCCUUCUCUCCACCAGGGGGACUCCUGAGUAAAGCCCUGGCUGAUUACUCCAAGAACUUUGUGGUCUCUGUGGUGUUGGGAAAGGAUCUGGUCCCCAGACUGAGCAUUCCCAACAUGGAGGAUCUGAAGAGAAAGAUUCUUAAGAUAGUUUCAAACUGCAAUAAACCAAAGUACCGCAUCCUGCUGCAGGGAUGCUGGUACGAGCUGUUCGGAGGAGAACCAGACGACUUCCCCACCGAGAUGGACAACAGGAGGGAGGAGGAGCUGAGCCAGCCGCUGCUCGGAGAGGAGUCGCUGAUGAUCCGUCACUCCUCGUCCUAUCAGAGCCUGGCGUCAGACGACUCUCCCGCCCACACGGUGGCACACUUGCCUCUCUUCAUGCCCGGACGCGUCCUGCACAUCACAGAAGACGGGCCGUCGCGCAGAUCCUGUUUCUCACAGGUCAGAUACCGAGCAGAAUGGUCUAACGAAAUGGCCUUCAGGAGUGUUUUAAUCAGCCCCAGGAUGUUAGCGGAUCACAUGCCAGACGCAGUGCUGUGGGCGCUGAACAGCCUGACCAGCGACAGGCCCUUCUCCCUCUGCCCAUCAGCUUUAAACAACAGCCAACACAACACUAUCUGAAAUCCACCAGAGAGAGAGAGAGACUGAUCCCAAUGACACUACAGCAUCUGAACAACCACUUUCAAUCUCCUCUUCCACACACCCAACCCAGCCUCUCUCUCUCUCUCUCCACAGGUCUGAUCCCUAAAGCCUGUGUUCAAACAUAAACAUGUGGAAACGUGAUUGUAAUCUUGGACGAUGAAGGCAGCUUCAUCCUGUUGCCAUGAAUGAAAGAAACACAUCAGAGCUCGGACUCCUUUUGUUGUUGUGUUUUUUUCUUUGUGAAAUUGCACUUUUAAUUAUUUAAUUCAUGCGCUGUACUCCCGACUUUAUUUUUCUUUUUUGAGUUACUCUGUGAGCGACUUUUAUGCCAUGAUCUUUGAAUGUGCGUUGUGUACAAUACAGUGAUGUACAUUUUCAGUCUGUACGGCAGGUAGAGGCCGUCCCUCCAUCCUCGUGUCUUCCUCGUCCGUGCGGGAAGGAGGGGC